AAAAAGCCCCGAGAUACAGAAUUGCUCGCGCGCCUACGAACCUUGGAGAAUAUUGUAAAGAACCUCGGAGGGCCAGAAGCAAUAAAUGGAAAUCCAUCAUCAUUAUCAUUUAAAAACCCCACUAUUCACCAAAACGGCGCUAUCGAACAGCCAGAAAAUUAUGCAAAUACCUCAGAUGCAAUGCAACAGGAUGCUACAAUCAAGAGCGAGGCCCCGGAUACGAGUGAAAUCGAGGAAAAUAUGGGCAAAUUAAUGGUUGAAGAGGGAGGUAGCCAAUAUGUUAGUCAUCGAUUUUAGACUAGCUUUGGGAAAACGGUGCGUUUAUAUCUCUUUCUUUCAAUACCAACCCCCUUUUUACAAAUAUUAAUUGUACAAAUACUGACUUGUCCCAAGGUGGAUGAUUUAAAAAGCAUACUUGACCCCCUUUCAUCGGAGGAUGAAAACGAUACGGUUGAAGAGUCCGCCUUUGAUGAGUCCUACGGUGUGAAUCAUGAUGGAUUCUUAUUCGGAUUUUCAUCACUCACACAAAGCCUUCGGGAUUUUCAUCCUCCACUCAACCAAGUGGACAUUCUUUGGGAAACUUAUAUUCAAAAUAUUGUUCCUAUGGUCCCUAUUUUUCACACUCCUACUUUGAAACCUGCGCUUUAUCAUGGUACUAAGAACCUUGAUUCGUUGGACAAAAACACAGAGGUAAUGAUGCUAACAAUAUACUACACAAGUGCUGCGUCUAUGAGUGCUGCAGAAUGUCUCGCUCGUCUAGGAGAGCCUCGAGACCUCGUCCUAGGCCGUUAUCGCUUUGCUGUUGAGCAAGCACUAGGUCGGGCAAAAAUCUUACACUCUAGGAGUUUUACUUUGCUUCAAGGACUAGUCCUAUUCUUGUUAUGCGUGAGACAACACGAUGAUACUCGUUACGUGUGGUCAAUGUUAUCCAUCGCCUAUCGUAUCGCCCAGGGUUUAGGCCUUCAGCGUGAUGGAACUCGUUUCAACCUAUCACCCUUUGAAACAGAGAUGCGCAGACGUUUAUGGUGGCAUAUUUGCAUUCUUGAUUUCCGAGCAUCUGAAGACUAUGGCUGUGAUCCGUUCAUAUACGAAUCUUCAUAUGACACUCGCAUGCCCUUGAACAUUGAUGAUGGCGACAUUUCUCCGGAUUCUGUGGAUUUCCCGGAAGCGAAAGAAGGCUGCGUCGAAACAUCAUUCUUUCUGAUUCGGUGCGAGAUUGUUGUCGUCAACAAGAGGCUGAGCUUUAUCCCACCCAGUUCUUCUUGCAGGCUACAGGUUUCUCGCUACUCCAUGGCUGAGAGAGAAGAACUAAUCGACAAGCUCAGCUCUAACCUUGAGACGCGAUUUGUUCGGCACUGUGAUAUGACUAUCCCUAUCCACUGGGUCUGCGCCACUGUUUCCCGGCUGGUAAUUGCAAAAUUAUGGCUUAUGAUACAUCAACCAAUGGUUCAGAAAUCUCAACCCAACCCUAUAGCCAAAGAAACCCAUGACCGGCUUCUGAUGACAUCCGUGGAAAUCCUUGAAUUUUCUCGACUUUUGGAAACGAAUGUUAAUACGGCGAAGUGGGGCUGGCUUUUCAGGACGCACAUGCAGUGGCAUGCAGUUGCUUUUCUCCUGUCCGAGCUAUGCGUCAGGCCACUCUGCCCUGGUGUUGACCGUGCGUGGAGAGCAAUCAAUUCGGUCUACGAGGCUUGGAAUAUGCACUCUGAGAAAAAGAACGGUAUGCUCUGGCCAGCCAUUCGCAAGCUGAUGGCAAGAGCGGUGAAAUUCCGAGAAAAGCAACUUCACCAAAUUACUCUGCAGCGCGGAAAACAAGACCUUGAUAUCCCAGGCUCAUGUGCAGCUACUCCGUCCACGGACCCUUCUAGUACAUACUUGACCUCCUCCUCCUCACCACCACAAUACUUGCGUGAACCAUCUAGCUAUUCCAAUUUAAGUUCAGACAUGCACGUCGACAAUACUACUCUUAAACCAGAACUAUAAUUUUACUACCAUACCACAAUUGGGCACCGCUCUAGAAACCCCAGUGGGCAGAUCCGGCGGCGAUCACGCAGGUUGAUACUAGCAUCUUGUCCUCUGCUUCCCCGUCUUGGUCAGAUUGGGACCAAUUGGUACGUGAAUUCCAGCUGGAUGUCGCCCAAGGUGGCCAAGCGAAUACUUCUGCCCUCACCGGGGAAGUAGUGAUCCCUGAUUGGUUUGAAUAGUACCAUCCCUAUCACUAGCUGGGUUGAAUUCCUUGCUUUUCUACUUGUUACCCUCGUCUUAUAAUACCGAAACACGUUAUAUCAUAAUGUUAUUGAAUGGCAUGGUGGCCUGUUCAUGUGACCAAUAUCGUUAAUUAAUCCGCAUGCAUUGAAUGCCGAUGACUACCUUUGCACUCGCUUCCCAGACAAGGCAUUUUCUAUUAUAGCAAGUUCUUCCUUUUUAUACCCCCAAGUUCGGAUCUAUAGUGUUUCUGUAUUAUUUGGCAGAAUUGCCCACCGAUUCCGACAACUUCAGUACCCCCAGGAUGAUUGCUGUGAAAUCAUCAUAACAUGUUAUUAGAAAGUUAUCCGGAUCUAGCGUUUCAUUAUUGACAGCAAAUAAGUCAAGUCCGUAUAAUAGACCGCUGAUAACGAACGAAAUUACCGCCAGUACAUCAGGAUCUAAAAAAGCAGGAAAAAAAGCAAGAAAGAAAGAAAUUAGCUGUAAUACCAGAGUUUAAACACUUCCCCGCUUAACAGGUGUUGCUUUGACCCAUAGAGGUGCCUUCACAUAAGUCUGGUAGUUUUCGAUAUGGUCCCAGUUGUCCAAUGCACCGCCAUCCUUGGGGACAAGCUCUAGGUCAAAAUGCCAAAGCACUUUGGUCAUUAUAAGGCGAAUCUCAUAAUAUCCCAUCCUAGAUUAAUUCCGUUAGCAAAGGUUGAGUAAGACACAUAUUUUUCGUGUACAUGUCACCGGUAUUAGAGUACAAUGCACGCUAUCUUGGGCCGGA